UUGUCAACUAAUAAACAUACAUUUUGACCUUCACAAGUCAAACUCCAACUUAUGAUUUUGUUCCAAAUUCAUUAAAAGACACGUUUCUUUUUGCAAAUUCAAUACCCACUUCCAUUUUUAGCUAUAACCUUUAUAAUUUCAAAGAUUUACAUCAAUCUUGAAUUCUAAUUCCAUCAUCUAAUAGAAUCAUCUUUCUAUUUAAUAUUUAUAUUUGUAGGUCGUACUCGAAAGCUUUCUUACCCAUUACCAACAAGAACAACAAAAAUCCAGAAAAUCAAGAUUUGAACCUUUUGCUACUACACCUUUCUUCAAAGAAACAUAUGGUGAUCUUGAACCAAACAUAAGUUUUACACUUACAAAUCCCAGAAGUUUAGACACUGAAUGAAACAGAUCUUUACAUCUUUCUGAAUCCAACACAUCACAGUUUGAGGUUACUUGAUAAUUAAUCUCAAGUAUGCUAUAUUUGAUGUAUAGUGUUCAUUGUUAGCGGAUUCCGAGGUUGUUUUACUUAGGAAAAUUGUUAGAACUAUUAUUUAUUUCUAAAAUUGGGGGUUAAGUUUAUGUUAAUGUUGGUUUUCUUUUAAGUUUUAACCAUAGCUGUUAAAAGGGUAGGAUUUAUAUCAACUCCAGUGUAUGAUAAUGGAAGAUGAUAAUUGGUGGUUUUUUAUUGUUGUUUUAAGUGUUAUGUAUCCUAUGGAUUUGAGUUUCUUUAAAGGAGAAUUGUUAAUGGUGACUCUUAUAUUAAGAGUUUCUUAAAUUUAGCCUUUUAUGUAAAUGCAAAAAAUAAUACUUCUAUUGAUUUUCUUAUUAUAACAUCCUAUUUUUGUUUCUUUCUAACCAGCUCGGCUGUCAAAUGAAAUCCAAUUUAUAAAUUUAAGCUCCUUGCUUGAUUUUACUUUUUUUAUUUAAUUUUAUUUAAAAUAAACACCCGUGCUCAUGUUUAAUAGAAAAGAAGUGAAGAUAGGAUUUUGAUUUUUGAAUAUAUAAAGCAAAUUGGCGCGCUAUUUGGGCCACAAGCAGUAGGGCUGCAUCAUGGGAGACGAGCGCAGAUCCACCAUCUUCUUCACCGAGCAACACCUUUCCUACGCCGAUAUCCUUCCACCUCUUGAGGUCCGAGCUAGAAUCGAAAUAGCCGUCCUGAAUUUCCUCGAGGAUUUGAACUCUUCAACUCCAGCCAUCUCAAACCUCCCUAUGAUCAACCGUAAAUCAAGUAAUAGCAGAGUGAAUCAGAGUCUAUUAACCGAAACUUCAUGGAUCUUUCUGUCACGUUCAUUCUGCACAAAAUCAUUGACGAGAGAGAAUUCUGCUAAAGCCUUCAUAAGAGUGUGGAAAGUGAUGGAGAUGUGUUACAGCAUUUUACUUCUGGAAAAGAGAGUAACUCAAAGAGAACUAUUUUACAAGUUGCUUUGUUCAUCACCAGAUUAUUUCACUACUCAACUACAAGUCAAUCAAACUAUCCAAGAUGUGGUAGCAUUGCUGAGAUGUAGUCGUUAUAGUCUUGGAAUCAUGGCAUCUAGUAGAGGAUCAAUAGCAGGUCGAUUAUUGUUACAAGGGCCUGAUCAAGAAACUGUUGACUGCACUAAAUGUGGGUCUUCUGGUUAUGCCAUUUCUGGUGACUUGAACAUUUUAGAAAAACUGGUGAUGAAGACAGAUGCAAAUUAUAUAAUUGUGAUUGAGAAGCAUGCGAUAUUUCAGAGGUUGGCUGAGGAUAAAGUGUUCAAUCAAAUUCCAUGCAUUCUUAUCACUGCAAAAGGAUACCCUGAUCUUGCUACAAGGUUUCUUCUUCAUCGCAUGAGUCGGGCUUUCCCUGAAAUGCCAAUUUUUGGAUUAGUUGAUUGGAACCCUGCUGGAUUGGCUAUUCUUUGCACCUUCAAAUAUGGAAGUAUUGGAAUGGGCCUGGAAGCAUACAGAUAUGCUUGCAACAUCAAGUGGUUGGGAUUAAGGAAAGAUGAUUUGGAGUUAAUACCAGAAGAAUCCUUCGUUCCAUUAAGGCCGAAAGAUACGCAAAUUGCCAAAAGCUUGACUUCUUCACAAAUAUUACAGGAUAACUAUAAAGAAGAACUGGCAGUAAUGGUUGAGAGUGGACAAAGAGCAGAAAUUGAAGCUUUAUACUUCCAUGGAUAUGAUUUCUUGGGGAAAUAUUUAGCAAAUAAAAUUGUACAAGUCCAUUACAUUUAGUUACUAUUAGAAUAUGACGUGUGACUUGGAAUUGUAUGACAACGUGAAUAAGUUUAUGACCCGA